GGUUUUAAACUCCUGUUAUCCACAGUUAUUAAAUUGAUAAACAACAGCAAGAUUACUGAACGCUGUGUCACAGAGUUAUCACUAGUUUAAACUUAAUGUAACUAGUCAUCAAGUGUCCUACACAUUGGGAUAUAGGCAUACAAUCAAGAACAUCCUGUUCAAAUGGAAUCAAUUGGUGUAGCUCUCUUUGGACUAGGACGAAUCGGAAAGAUUCAUUUGAAGAAUGUGUUGUUAAAUAAGCGACUCACACUGCUCUGGAUCGUUGACGAGAGCGAGGACAAUGUGAAAGCUGAACUCGAACAUUACGGAGGUCAAAAGGAAAUUCAAAUAGCGGCUACACGUCAAAUUGAAAACGUACUAGCGGACGAUCGCGUGAGUGCUGUGGUAAUUUGCACACCGACAGAUACGCAUGCUGAUUUAACCAUACAGUCAAUAAAAGCAGGUAAGCAUGUGAUGUGCGAAAAGCCCAUGUCGGAAAGCAACGAAAAGGUCGCAGAAUGCUAUGACACAUCAGAACAAUGCGGGAAAAUCUUAUUCGAUGCAUUCAAUAGAAAAUUUGACAAAUCCUAUCGGAGCAUGUACGACAAAGUAAGGUCUGGUGAGGUGGGGGAAGUUCAGUUCAUCCGCAGUACAUUUCGGGACACGCCGCUUUGGAGGGGCGCUGAGACGUUUACCCAGACCUUUUUAUGUCAUGAUAUUGACAUCUGUUGUUGGUUCGCGGGCGAAUUGCCAGACAGUGUUGUCUGCGUUGCUACUGCCCAUGACGAGAAAAUUAAACAGGCGGGAGAUGUCGACAGCUGUGUGGUAACCAUGAAAUUUCCAAACGGCGCCAUUGGUGUCAUGGACUUUGCGAGAUAUAGCUGCUAUGGUUACGAUAUCCGUCUUGAGGUGUUUGGAACUAGAGGCAUGCUAAAGAUGGAACCUGCCCUAGAAUCAACUGUUAACGAAUACAGGCUGACCGGCAAACAGGAGUCGCCGUUUUGUGCCUCAUUCCCUCAGAGAUUCCAGGACGCAUACAUAGCGGAGUUAGAUCAUUUCAUCGAUGCCAUUCAAGGGAAGGUCGAAAUAUAUGUAGGACGAGAAGUAUGCGAACGAAUCGGAAUAGUUCUUGACGCUAUUAAACAGUCCUACAAGACCGGAACUGUCGUGAAAAUCACUUCAAACAAACAGUAAACUCGAGCUCAACUACAUGGCAGCGGAAAGCGUGUUUCAAGAGCGGACUUAAGACCCUUGCAUUUAAACUGCUAAGGCGGCUACUUAAUGAAUUGAGUUAUUCUGGGAAUUCCAUUAUUUACGUUAUCUGUAAUUCGAAUUUUUAGUAUGUCGAAUAUAUUGGCGUAAGCGAAAUAACGUUUAUAUUGUUUGCACCAUAAAAAAGCAAACAUUAAGGAAAUAUAUUUGUUUUCCAAAUUUUAUUCUGUAAGGCAAAGUAAUAUGUAAUACACUAACGAAAACUUACUAUGACAUGUGCAUUUGAGUUUUACCUAAAUAUUGAUUAAGCAAUGCAUAUUUAUUAAAUAUGGAGUAUAUACAUAAAACAUAUGUACUUGAAACUAAAAUUAAAAAUAUUUGUUAAGCGAUA